GACAGGACACCGUAUUCUGCGUUCCGGUCGUCAUCCCAAUUCCUAGAGGAACAAAGCAAGACGGCGGCAGCGAACCAGGCCCACCAUGGCAGCGAACUAUUCCAGUACCGGCAGCAGGAAAGAACACGUCAAAGUGACAUCUGACCCCCAGCCAGGCUUCUUGGAGCGGCUGAGUGAGACUUCCGGUGGGAUGUUCGUGGGGCUCGUGACCUUCUUGCUCUCCUUCUACUUAAUUUUUACCAAUGAGGGCCGAGCACUGAAGACUGCCAACUUGCUUGCAGAGGGGCUGUCUCUGGUGGUGUCCCCUGACAGCAUCCACAGUGUAGCUCCAGAGAAUGAAGGGAGACUGGUACACAUAAUUGGGGCCCUGCGGACUUCCAAGCUCUUGUCUGACCCAAAUUAUGGCGUCCAUCUACCAGCUGUGAAGCUUCGACGGCAUGUGGAGAUGUACCAGUGGGUGGAGACAGAAGAGUCCAAUGAGUACACGGAAGAUGGACAGGUGAAGAAGGAGACAAAGUAUUCCUACAACACAGAGUGGAGGUCAGAAAUUGUCAGUAGCAAAAAUUUUGACCGAGAGAUUGGCCACAAAAACCCCAGUGCCAUGGCCGUGGAGUCUUUCACAGCAACUGCCCCCUUUGUCCAGAUUGGCAGGUUUUUCCUGUCAGCAGGCCUCAUUGACAAGAUUGACAACUUCAAGCCCCUGAGCCUGGCCAAGCUGGAGGACCCCCAUGUGGACAUCAUUCGCCGAGGAGACUUUUUCUACCACAGUGAAAACCCUAAGUACCCGGAGGUUGGUGAUGUUCGAGUCUCCUUUUCUUAUGCGGGACUGAGCAGUGAUGACCCUGACCUGGGCCCGGCUCACGUGGUUACUGUGAUUGCCCGGCAGCGAGGUGACCAGUUAAUCCCAUAUUCCACCAAGUCCGGGGACACCUUGCUGCUCCUGCACCAUGGAGACUUCUCAGCUGAGGAGGUGUUCCGUAGAGAACAGAAGAGCAAUUCCAUGAAGACGUGGGGCCUGCGGGCAGCUGGAUGGAUGGCCAUGUUUAUGGGCCUCAACCUCAUGACACGGAUCCUCUACACCCUAGUGGAUUGGUUUCCUGUCUUCCGAGAUCUAGUCAACAUUGGCUUGAAAGCCUUUGCCUUCUGUGUGGCCACCUCACUGACACUGUUGACUGUGGCUGCUGGCUGGCUCUUCUACCGACCGCUGUGGGCUGCUCUACUCGGCUGCCUGGCUCUGGUGCCCAUUAUCAUUGCACGGACCCGGGUGCCAACCAAAAAGCUGGAGUGAAGCCUCAGAGGCUAGGCUCCCUGUCACCUCUGCCCAGCUCUAGCUGGGGCAGGCAUCUACACACCCCACUCUUUGAGAGGCCAGUGUCCACAUCUGCAUGUAGGGUUUGCUCUUCACCAGCUCAUGUCUUCUCCACUCCACUUCUUGCCAAAAUGCAGCUUUGGUGGGCAGAAGCAGCGUGAGGUGGCAACCCAGCAAGUACUGUUCUGCUUAAUGCCUUCCCUUCUCGAGCUGUCAGCUGACCUGCUGGUGAAGGGCUCAGCCUCCCUGCCCAUCCCUCCUUGCUGGAACCAAGUGCCAGGACUGCCACAACCGCCAGCUACAACCGCAACCCCAGAAAACAGCCAUCACUCUCCACUGCUGGCGACACCUCAUCAGUAGGACACCCAGGCUUGGAGGAGUGCACCCCACAUCAGGUCUCUGGGUAGAACCUGAUGUGGCCUAAAGUUAACACUGAAGAUCUUGUCCCGAAGGUCUCUGUCACUGUGGCAGGACAGAGUGCUUCUAUAUAAGCCCUCAGGCCUCUGGUUCUAGGUUCUAUUGCUUCACUUCUCGUGUUUUCCUUCCCAAAAAGGAUCGUGUGAACGGUUCACACUUGACAGUUGCUGUUACUGAAAUUAACUCAGCAGGAAUGGUGUUUCAGCGGGCGUGGCUUGCCUGGUUUUAGCUCCUGAGGCAUGGGGAAGCUUCACUUUUGCUAUGCUUUUGAACCAGUGUUAGGGGAUGCACCGUCAUGCUGGGUUGGGACUGUGGAGGAACACAUCCCUUUUGUCCUCUGCUAUCAGACCAUCUGUUCACUUGGAGGUCAUUUUUAUGUUGUAGUCAGUAUUCUAAGAAAAGGCUGGAAGCUUUUCUAAGUGACCUCCAGUCAACUGAAGCCAAGAAUCAGGACUCAGGCUUCCUACAGGAGGCCACGUCUGGCCCUUUUCUGUGGGACCGCUUUUGACCUUGACACUCCAGCCCCAAGUAGUUGCUGCAGGGCGGUUCUUUUUGCAUUUAAUGUCCAUCACUGUCCUCAUCCCAGGUAAAAUUCAUCCAUACCAAUGGAUAGAAUUUCUAAGUUACCUUGCUACUAUUACACCCUUUGAAAGGGAUACUUAGCCCUGAUGUUAUCACAGAGCCUUGGUUUAUCCUGUAUCGUUUCUGUUUGCAAACUGGUUGCUGUAGCAACAAGAGUGUUUGGUGGCUGACCAAGGUAUCAGGCCCUCUGGCCCUAGUGACAGUUCCUUUCAUGUCCUAUGGCUUCUGUGCUUUCAGCUGGGUGAAAUACAGCCGGAGACGGCUUACUGGGUUUAGGAUGGAAAUGAUAAUUCACUACUGUUCAGUGCACGCUGGAACAAUCCCAUCGAAACUCCCCAGAUGGUUUGGGAAAAUACAGUACAGUUAGUGAUGCUUAAAUACGCAACGCUUGGGAUUCGGUCUGUGUAACAUUUUCUUCUAUGGUCUCUACCUGCCAGCUCAAAAGUUAGGAGAAAAUUAUAGAAGAGUAAUUUGAUGUCUUUGAGGAACCAUGAGGUUUGUAUUCUUUGUAUUAAAUUUUGAAAUAAAUUUCUACUUAUCUUUUGGUAUA